UCCACAGUGCAAUUCCACGUGCUUCACACUGUCCACCAUGCCAACCUUACCUGAAGACAAGGAACAAUCAAAAGAGGCACAACACAGCAGUUCUCCUCCACCCAAAGACGCUACUGUUGAAGGGACAACGUGCAGUACACCUUCUAUUGUUCUUCCAGAGAAUGCUGUUACAUCAGAUGUAGAAAUUGAUAAAAAUCUGGUUAACAGGCCUCGUAGUCCUCAUAGGAGACAUUCUAACCGUACCACUAGGAAUCCAGCAAAUUCAUUGACUUCUGUUGACAACAGUGGUCAUGUGAUUGAUCUGGUAAAUGAUCAACUACCAGAUGUCAAAAUAUCAGAGGAAGACAAGAAGAAGAAUCUUGAAAUACUAGAAGAAGCAAAGAAAGUGAGUGAGAGGUUUCUAAUGCGCAGAGGCAGAAAGUCAAGAAGCAGCCUUCCGGAGUCACCUACAGCGGUUUCCCCUUCACUUAGUCCUAAAGUUUCACCGGUAGCAUCUCGGAGCAACUCUCUCACUCUUCCAGUUCCAUCAGGGUCUGAUGCAUGCACAGCCACUAGUGUCGAGGCAGUAUCUCCAGGGCAGAAUAACAGAACUGUGAAAGAGGAUGACAGGCAAACUGUAGAGAAUGCUGCAAAAGGAUUAAUUGAUCGAAGGCAGAAUGAUCAAAGAAAGAUUUCUCAGGGAAGGUUGGUUCCUCGCUCUGCUGGUUUUGAAAACUCCAGAGAGAAGCUCUCAGAACAAAAAGAAAAUUUUGAUCCUCGUAAACAUGUGGAUACUUUGCCUAAAUGCUCCCCUUCAGGUAGUGAUGGUGGCAGAAUGUAUCUUAACACUUGCAUGAAUGUUUGUGAAAAUGAACUUGGAAAAUCAUUCCUCAAGAAAGCAAAAGAAAAUGAUGUUCCUUUAAGAACCCAUCCACCAGGACCAGGAAUAGGAAAUAUAGAUUCAAAGGUAAAAAGUCCUGUUCCAGAAAUGAGGGACCAUAAAGUUUCAUAUAAACCGGAAUUUAAACUGUGCGGACUACGUCCUCCUCUACUACGGGCUGUAUCAUGGGAUAGCUUGGAGCCUGGACAGAAAGAUAAGACACCUUUAAAAUUACCAUCUGAGGAAGACAAAAGCUUUGCUGUUGGUAAUAAAUCCAGCAAUCAGUUAAAAGCAUUCAAAGAUCUGCAAAUCCAAGUUCAACCAGUUCGAAUGCAGAGGUUGACAAAGCUCAGAGAGGAGCAUAUUUUGAUGAGAAAUCAAAAUUUGGUUGGACUGAAACUUCCUGAACUUAGUGAAGCAGCUGAACAGGAAAAAGGCCCUUCACCUCUUCCCUCUCCCACUGAAGAUGAAGAGACAAAGAAUAGCUCUGAUGUCAUGCCCAGCAUUCCUGAUGUAUUGCUCCGAAAACUGCGAGUGCACAAAUCACUUCCAGGAAGCUCUCCUCCACUUACUGAAAAAGAAGUUGAGAAUGUAUUUGUACAACUUUCCUUGGCCUUUAGAAAUGACAGUUAUACCUUAGAAUCUAGAAUUAAUCAAGCAGAGAGAGAGAGAAAUCUUACUGAAGAGAAUGCUGAGAAGGAACUGGAAAACUUUAAAGCAGCCAUUACGUCUUCAGCUCACUUAUGGCAUCACUAUGAACACAGAGAAGCUUACCAGAAGCUGUUGGAGGAUAUUGCUGUUCUGCGGCGUUUAGCUGCUAGACUGUCUAGUCGUGCUGAAAUGGUUGGAGCCGUUCGCCAGGAGAAGCGUAUGUCAAAGGCAACAGAAGUAAUGAUGCAGUAUGUGGAAAAUCUGAAAAGAACGUAUGAAAAGGAUCAUGCUGAACUAAUGGAGUUCAAGAAACUUGCCAAUCAGAAUUCUAGCAGAAGCUAUGGUGCAUCUGAAGAUGGAGUACCUCGUUCAUCUAGAUCCAUGUCUCUUACUGUUGGAAAGAAUAUGCCUCGGAGGAGAGUCAGUGUUGCUGUUGUUCCUAAAUUUAACUCCUUAAACAUUCCUGGUCAGUCACCAGCAGCUUCACCUAUACCUUCAAUGCCAUCCCUGUCUGAAUCGCCUAGUAAUGGAAGGAGCAAUCUAACAUCUACUCCUGUUCUGCCAGCACUUCUAGAAAAUGGAAAGACUAAUGGAGAAUCUGACUGUGAAACCUCUACUUCUGUGCUGACACAGAGUGGGUUGGAAGAGAUCAGCCCUGAAACUAAAGCCAAGAUAGAAGAGGAAGCAUAUAACAAAGGCUAUCAGGAAGGCUUGAAGAAAACCAAAGAACUUCAGGAACUGAAGGAAGAAGAUGAAGAGACACCAAAAGAAAGUCAUGAUGAACAUGAAGAAAGUGAAAAUGAAGAUGAGAUAAAAAACCUGAAAAGCAG